AUGCUGCAGCAGGAGCAUCUGCAGCAGCUUCUUCGUCAGCAGCAGCAGGGGGUUUUACAGCAACACCAGGCGCAGGCCAGACUGCGCACGGCAGCGGCUCCAACGGAGCAGCAGCUCCACCAGCAGUCGCAGCUUGUGUUGCAGCAGCAGGAGCAGGAGCGCCAGCUUACUUUGCUGCACCAGCUAGUGCCGCCUACACAUACAGUUGGUCGUGGGGGCACAGAUGACCCUGAAGGGGCGAUGAAGCUUCUACUGUCUCUCAUGCCCAAUGCCCUAGGUCAAACCCAGCGAAUGGCGCCACCUCCGCAGCCGCAGCAGCAGCAGCAACAGCAGCAGCAGCAGCACUUCAGGUACAGCGACAACAACGCCCCCAACUUCCCUGUCAAUGCAUCUGGGAGUCGGAACCCCGAAGCACUGGCUCGCAUACUAGCCGCAAGGGGGGGGACUGCCUCUUUGCUCCCUCGAGCUCAAGUGGGGCCAGCUGUGGGGCAUCUGGGCAGGGGUGUGGUGGAGGCCCCUGACGGUAGUUGGGGGGAGCCAGUUGCUGCUGCAGCAGUUGCUGCUACUGCAGCAACUGCAGGUGUCCCGGACAAUGGCCACGGCCGAACGGUCCCGCGCAAGCGAUCCGUUUCCUCGGCUGAGGUCGAAGACAGAGGCAGUGAGCCAGCCUGUGGAUUCUACUCCCAACUGGGAUCGCACCUCCCGGAGCUCCAGCAGUUCCCCCCAGGCGCAGAUGUCCGCGCGGUGCCCUCAGGCCCACCGGGGCCCCCAGGGGCCCAAGGGUCACCUGGGGGCGCCGCUGACGCAGACACCGUGCCGCUUGUAGGCAUUCCGCCGUCGGUCCCGCCCGGCAGUGAUUUGCUACCAUUCUUACAGGGACGGAGAAUGCAGCAAAUCCCGCAGCAGCAGCUGCAGCAACUUCAGAGAGCCCUCGAGUCCCAGCGGCUGGAGUGA